AUGGCUGUGAUAUUUGGUGUAUGCUUUGCUAGUUCCAUCUUUCUCUUGGUUGUGUGGAGGAUCUUGUCUUCCAAGUUGAAUUGCCUUCCACCGGGGCCAUGUGGUCUGCCUCUGAUCGGCCAUCUCCACAUGCUACGAGGAAUGCCGCCUUACAAGGCACUAGAAUCUCUAUCACGGAAGUAUGGUCCUAUUAUGUCCUUGAGGCUGGGAAUGAUCCCCGCUGUUGUCAUCUCGAGCAAAGACUUGGCAAGAGAGUUCUUCAACGCACACGAUGCAAACUUCUCCAACCGGCCAUACAUGAUCAUUGGAGACCCUCGCUAUGGCUUUGUGAGCCUGGCAACUUCUCCGUAUAUUGGGCGGCACUGGAAGAACAUUAGCAAGCUCUACACCAGGAUGCUCUUCACGGCCAAGUGUAUCGAUUCCUUCUCCUGGGUGAGGAGUGACGAGCUCUCUCAUGUCCUUGAUUUUGUCUUGAAGUCCAGUGACAGGAGCAUCGCCGUUGACGUGAGAGUUCUAUCGUCGACAUUUUUGUUCAAUAUCAUGUCCCGGAUUCUGAUGAGCAAGAGGUACUUUGGCCACGGUGGGGCUCCUGAUUCUGGCGUGGAUGAAGACGCGGUGGAGUUCAAGCAAGUGACCCAGGAAGUUAUGAGCUUGAUCUUGAAACCUUGUGUGAGUAACUUUGUCCCGAGCUACCUGAGGUGGCUCGACUGGCAGAUCCCUCGCUACAAGCAAGUCCGUGCCAAGCAGGACAAGUUCAUGCAAAAGGUUGUGGACGAGCACAAGAAGACGACGAGAGAGUCCAAGGACCUCGUGGACAUGGCGCUCGAGUCCUUUCGAGGAGAUGCACAAGCCGAGCUCUACACUAAAGCCAGCUUGUUGGAAACCCUUUUGGGUGGAACUGAGACAACUGGCGUCACUUGCGAAUGGAUCAUGGCGGCAGUGAUGCACAAUCCGCAGGUCUUAACAAACCUCCAGGAAGAGCUCCAAAGAGUUGUGGGAAGCACACGAAUGGCUCGAGAAUCGGACAUCUCGAAGCUGGAGUAUCUUCAGGCCGUCAUCAAGGAAACGUUCCGGCGGUAUCCUCCAGCAACACUCCUCAUGCCACGCACCGCCCACAAGGCAACCACGAUUGGAGGCUAUCACAUCCCAAAGGGCACCACCUUGCUCGUAAACUCGUGGGCGAUUGGGAUGGAUCCGGCAGUGUGGGAGGAUCCCACCCAGUUCCUCCCCGAUCGUUUCCUCGGGAUCCCUAUCGAUAUCAAAGGCCAUGACUUCGAGCUCAUCCCGUUUGGAUCCGGUCGACGAAAAUGCCCGGGAAUGGCAUUGGGAUUGCGAGCAGUGGAGCUGCUCGUGGCAAAUCUCAUCCAUGGCUUUCACUGGAGCUUCGUUCCUGGGAUGACAUUGUCCAUGGAGGAUGAGUGUCACAGCGUCUCUCAGCUAAAGAUUCCAUUGCAAGCAAUAGCCGUGCCAAGGCUACCAAAGGAAGUAUAUGCUAACAUAUAA